AUGGAUGCACAAUUCGGUAAAUUUCUUGAACUUUUCAAACAGUUGCAUAUUAACUUAACUUUUGUUGAAGCUAUUUCACAGAUGCCUACAUAUGCAAAAUUUUUGAAGGAGCUGUUAACAGAUAAAAGGAAGUUUGAGAAGCUAUCCACUAUGGAACUCAACGAGGAAUGUUCAACUAUUCUCCAAAAUAAACUAUCGACUAAGCUGAAAGAUCCAAAAAUUUUUACUAUUCCUUGUUUUAUUGGUAGUUUAAGCAUUGAGAAAGCAUUAGCUGAUUUGAGUGCUAGUAUUAAUUUGAUGCCUUAUAAAAUGUUCAAGCAGCUUGGUCUUGGGGAACCAAAACCCACUAGGAUGAGUAUUCAAUUAGCUGAUAGAUUUGUUAAAUAUCCUAGGGGUAUUAUUGAAGAUGGCCUUGUAAAAGUAGAUAAAUUCAUAUUCCCUGUUGAUUUUGUUGUGCGUGACAUGGAUGAGGAUGUUGAGGUGCCUUUAAUUUUAGGUCGUCCGUUUCUAACUACUGCUAGGGCUAUCAUUGAUGUGGACGAUGGUAAACUUGUUCUUAGGGUAGGUGAUGAAGAGAUUAUUUUUAAAAUCUAUGAUGCCAUGCCGUUUUCUAAAGAACAAGAUGAUUCUUGUUAUUUUAUUGACUCUAAUAACCAUGUUAUUCAAGAUUCAUUACAGGAAAUUGUUCAUAAGGACACGUUGGAAUUGUGUCUAUUCCAAAGAGAGGAGGUAGACGACGAUACUACUAUGAUAUGUGAGACAAAAAUUGAUUUAGAUUCUAAUGAGUCUUUACCAAGACAGAAGAAUUAUGAAGGCGUUGAGGUAAAUGAUGAAUUAAAAUUAAAAUCCUCUAUUGAAGAAUCUCCCAAAUUGGAACUAAAGCAAUUACCAAAUCACCUAGAGUAUGUGUUUCUUGGAAAUAAUUCUACAUUACCAGUGAUUAUUGCUUGA